AUGGUUCGAGUCCAUCCUGGGUUGUUGAUUAGACCCAUGCGAGGUGAAAAAUGUCGUCCAACCUGGAUGGGUAAAGCUUUUGGAAAACAAUGUCGCGUGAGAUUCGACGGAACUGUUUCAAGACUGUUGAGCUUACUUCCAUUUCGAGUGAAAGUAUUGCGUGAAGAGACUCGAAAAUCGGUUCCACAAGAAGAAGACGGCGGAUUCCAUGGUGACCAGCUGUCGAUUGGCUUUGCUGUAAGAUUCAUGGUGACGCUGUUUCCGAGGCAAUCUCCUUCGAUUCCGUCAAGAAACCUUUUCUCGACCGGAAUCGAAGGAGAUUGCCUUCUGAAACAGCGUCAGCAUGAAUCUUCCAGCAAAGCCAAUCGACAGCUGGUCAAGAGGAAUCCGCCGUCGUGUUCUGGUGGAACCGACCUACGAAUAUCUUCACCGAACACUUUCAUUCGAAAUGGAAGUUCAGAAACAUAA